ACUAGACGCAAUGCAAGAAUCUUCACAAUACAACAAGCAGCACGCUUCAAAACUUGUUAGUGACAAAGGAAGAAAAUCCAAAAUGAAUUUCGGAAAAUUGUUCUUCUUCGUCUUCGCUUGUGUCUUGGCUUUGAGCACGGUGUCGGCGGCGCCAAAAUGGAAGAUUUUCAAGAAAAUUGAACAUAUGGGCCAAAACAUUCGUGAUGGUCUCAUUAAAGCUGGUCCGGCAGUUCAGGUAGUGGGCCAAGCUGCCACCAUCUAUAAAGGAAAAUAGAAAAGCUAGAAUUUCAGCUAGAAGCCAUACCAUUAAGGGUUAUUUGAAUUAAGAAUCCAAGACCAAACCUUCUGAGACAAAUGUUAUCAAUUCAAUCGGAAAAAAACUAAUGUACCUAUAUCUGACAUUACUUUAGAAAAUAUUAACUUUCGCAACCACCUACAUUUUGUAUCACUGCUCUCUUUGUUAUUCCCAAUAAUUGACUCAUAAUUUGCUGGAAUAUAGAAAAGCCUGUAUACCCAUAAUCAUGACGAGCGAUUAUUCUGAUGGAAAUGCUGGAAUUUCCUACUACCUAUUAUUGAAAAAGGCUUUAGGUACGCAGCAAGCCUGCAGAAUGUUUAAACUAUCUCUACUCUUAAGUUUGGUUAUUGAUUCUAUUGUAAUUAUUUACUCUGUACUUACUGCCUCAAAUACCCGAAUUAAUUUAUUUGCUAAUGUAAGAUAUUAGGAUUAUCUGGUAAUAAAUAUUUUAAGACA